AUGCCGGGGAAGCCGAAGGUGGGCCACCAGCUCCCACAAAAAGAGACAAUAUCCGAGUUGUACGCCAAGAACAAAAGCCGACAUGAUGAUCUCCAUAUUCUAGCCCCAAGGCUCAAUUUUGCAGCCGGACCAAGUCUCGCUACGCUGCCGCAGUUGGUGAUAGUUGGUGAUAGCGGCAUGGACCUGGCAGCGCUGCAAGGUGAUGAGACAUCCUAA